AUGUCAGAACCAGCAAAUGAAAUGUCGUCUAAAUUGACAAAAACAAUAAGAACUUGCCAUUGGGAUGCUCAACCAGUGUACAAUCAAAGGACCCAAAGUUUCAGUCAUUUCUUAGAAGAUUUAGAAUUACGUAUGAAAUUAGAUCUCAUUGAUGAUGAUAAUGCAAAACUUGCAAUUUUAAAGUUGAAACUGCCAUAUGAAGUACGUGAUAUAGUUAAUGAGGUCAUUAGUGACAAGAAAAUAUCCACAUAUGCUGCGCUUACACUAAGUUUGAAGAUAAAAUUGGAAAAUGAAAUGGGAAUCAUGGAUGCUCAAGUUAAACUUCGUACAUUUAAGUUAGACUUCUCAAAGGAUAAAUUCAAAGCAUCUUUAGAGGAAUUCUGUCGUACAAUUAAAUAUGCCUUCCCAAACAUGGAUUCAAUGGCACUCCUUACUCACACUUGCAGCAUGACAAUGAACUACGUAAAAGGUCGCUUAUGGGAACGUUUAUAUAAUCACAGUCACAGAUAUGAAUCAAUUUCUGAAAUGAUAAUGGAUUUAAAUAGUGCCAAUCAAUUUUUAAAUGAAAAAGAAACAAGUCAAAGUAAAAUUGAAACUAAAUUCAAUGGUAGAUGCAAUUGGUGUAAUUUUAAAGGACACAAAGAAAACAUGUGUAGAAAGAAGAAAGCAGGACUUCCAAAAGGUGAAUUUAAUACAAACAAAGAUAAGUUCAAGACUACUGAAAAGGAAGACGAGAAGCUUUACAGAAUCUGUCAAACAGGACAAAAGAACAUUGUAUUACCAAUCCUUGUCAAUGAAACAAAAUCUUCUGGACUUCUAGAUUCAGGUGCAGAAGUAACAAUAACGACAAAACGCUAUGCAGAAAAAUUAAAUGCUAAGACAACAUAUUCAAAGAAACCAUUGAAACUAACUGUUGGUAAUGGUACCACAUGGGUUAGUUGUGGUGAAUGCAUUCUCAAUUUAGAAAUUGCUAACCUCGCUGUUCGUCUACCCGUUUAUCUAUUUGAAGAAGAAGAAUUCAACAAAGCAUGUUGUGAACCAAUUUUAUUAGGAAUAGAUUUUCUAGAAUCUUUAUCAAAAUAUACUAUCAAUCACGUGAACAAUACAAUCAAAAUCAAUGGUCAAUUUAUCAAAUUUAUUUCAGAAGACAAAGGCGAAGACCAUAUAGUUAACUUAAAAGAAAAUAAAUCAAUGUUAAGAGCUCAAAUUAUGAAAAAUAGUAAUGAGGUAUUAAUGAACAAACUGAAAGGAAAGUUUCCAAACAUAUUUUCAGAAAAACUUGGUAGAAUCAACAUAGAACCUGUAGAUGAUCUUGAAUUAGUAAAAGAACUUCCAAAAAUAGUCAAAUACUCAUACAACCCGGAAACAAAUGAUUUGAUAAGAAAAGAAGUGGACAAAAUGUUUGAUCAAGGAAUUUUAACACUCGACAACGAUGUGGAAUACAUAAGCAACUUCACUUUAGCAAAAAAGAAAAAUGGGAAAGUACGACCGUGUGUAGACUUAAGAAGACUAAAUAGUGCAAUAAAAGCUCGUGUUACCAUACUUCCAGAAUUUGGUGAAAUAAUUAGAAAGAUUGCAGGUAAAUCAAGUUAUUUUUCAAAUAGCUUCUUGCAAAUUCCUAUUGGUAAGAGAAUGCAAAAGUAUUUAGCCGUUUUCACAUACCGAGGAAUUGCCAAAUUUACCAGACUACCUUUUGGAUACAUAAACAGCACAUAUAUAUGGAACAAUACACUCGAAAACAUUCUAGGACCCAUUUACAAUCUAAACGUAGUAUCUUACGUUGAUGAUGUAUUAGGUUUUGCUGCGAGUCAUGAAGAACUUUGGAACUUGGCUUUAAAAUUACUUUCAUCAAUUGAAGAACGUGGAGGAAGAUUGAAUUUAGAAAAAUCCAAAUUCUUUUGUACAGAAAUUACAUAUUUGGCACACGAUUGGGGACAUUUUGGUUAUCGUCCAACUUUAUCAGCUACGAAAAGAAUGAUAGAAUAUCCUAGACCAAAGAAUAGAACAGAGACAAGAAGAUUUUUGGGAAUGAUAGCUUUUUAUAGAAGACAUGUAAAAAAUUUAUAUUUAGAUGCAGGCCCAAUAAUUAAUUUAAUUAAGAAAUCAGUUGAAUUCAAGUGGACAAGUCAAUGUGAAGAAUCAUUCAAAUUACUCAAAGAACGUUUAACAUCUAGAGAAAUCUUAUCUGCACCAAGAUUUGGUGAUCUUUUUAUUUUAUUUGUAGAUGGAAGCCAACAUGGCGCUGGAUCAAUGCUCAUGCAAUAUAAAUCAAAAGAACAUGAAAAAAAAGACAAUGAGAAAUAUGAAUUUAAGGACAUGAAUCUUAUUGCUUACUUUUCUAAAAGAUUCCAGAAAGAGAAACUUGCAAAAGCUGCUACAGUAUACGAAAUGAAAGCAUUGGUACUUUCGAUUGAACACUUCAAAGACAUCAUUUCAGCACAGAAAUUAUUGGUGGUAUCAGAUCAUCGCUGUUUGAAACAAGUUCUGAAUCACAAUAGCUCACCAAGAUAUGUUAAUUUAAUCUCCAUAAUAGCAGGUUAUAAUAUUGAACUAGUAUAUAAAGCAGGUGCACGUUUGGAGGGACCAGAUGCUUUAUCAAGACUUCUGAGAAUCAGAAAUGGAGGUGACACACAAGAAACUGAAAAAGACAAGGACAAUUACAUGAAGAAAUUAUUUAAAGAAUGCCAUGAUGAUAUGUCUCAUUUAGGAUACAAGAAAAGUAUUGAUCUCUUAAGAACUCGACUACCUAAUGUAAAGUUUGAAAAGGAAUAUUUGGACUACUUAAAGAAAUGUACUAUAUGUCAGACAUCCAAUAGAAGAAAGAAAUUAAAUUACAAACAAGAAACUAUUUUCUCAAGUUAUCCUAUGGAAAUGUUAUCAAUGGAUUUGAUUGGCAAAUUAAAUGCUUCUCAGACAGGUACACAAUAUAUUGCAGUGGCAGUUGAUAAUCUUACUAGAUUUGUUUGGUUAAAAGGAAUCUCAACUUGCACCAGUAAUGAAAUAAUUGAUUUCUUGGAUGAAAUCAUAUCAGUUUUUGGGAUUUGUGCAAAUAUUAAAACAGAUGGUCAAACAUGUUUCACUAGUACAGUUUUUAAAGAUUAUUGUGAAAUGUUGGGUAUUUCAAAGCACAUUGCCAUAAGAGGACACCAUAAUGGAAAUUCAAUUUGUGAAAGAAUGAUUGGAUCAGUGAAUCUUUGCAUGCGGCGUAUGGAAGAAAAAUUUUUCAAUAAAUUUGAUGAAUUGUUACCCCAAAUAAUGUACAGCCUCAAUAAUACAAUUCACCCAGCAAUAGACACAUCACCACAUGAACUCAUGUUUGGAUGGUCUUCACUUAUUCCGGCAGAUUUAAAGAAAUUUCAUGAUCAACCAUUGGAUAAAAUAGUCAAUUAUAAUCAAGAUAAAAAUUUAAGAUUACUAGCUUUUGAAAUGGCACAAGAAAUUUUAACGAAUAUCAAGGCAGGAGAAAAGGACGAUAAACUAACAGAGAAACUUAGAAGUGACAUCAAAGUUAAUGAUAUGGUUAUGAUAAAGAACCACAACCCUAAUGAUAAUAUUAAUCAAAAAUUCAAACCUAUAUGGACCCCUGGAUAUACUGUAAAAAAAAUUUUCAAUAAUUGUUAUUAUGUUGCUCCAAUUAUAGCUAAACGCGGGAGACAUAAGCGAGUACACAUCCAGGAUAUAAAAAAAGCAAUUAGCUGA